AUAUAUUGGGACCAACGGUAUCUGCCAGUAAUGCUGAUUAUGGUUUAUUGUCAUUAAUUGUGCCUUAGGGCCCCUGACCCUCCUGAGAACACACGGCAGCUUCUUGCUUCAAGAGGUUCAGGAAGGUAUUUAUAGGGCACCCACAUGCACUGGCUAAACCUAAAUUUCACAUGAAACACUAAAGAGGCUACUAAGCAAAGAAUGAGUCUGCAAUGCACUGAUAAAGCAGGAAUCCAAUAUAGUGAAGCUCUUUGGGUUGCACUGAGCCACAGAGGGGACAGGAUCAAACAAAACAUGGAGAAUGUGUUCAACACCAGCACCAGUUUUAUCCUCCUUGGCAUUGAGGAGAUGGAACAUUAUAAAUAUCUGUACUGUGGCUUUGCGCUUGUCACCUACCUACUCAUAUUGCUGUUUAGCUCCCUGAUCAUCUCUGUGGUUCUGCUGGAAGAAAGCCUCCAUGAGCCCAUGUACACUCUCAUAGCCAACCUCAUGCUAAAUGGGAUAUUUGGGGCUUCAUGCUUCCUCCCAAAGUUAAUACUGGACUUGUUCUUAUCAACCAAAGUGAUCUCAAGAGACGCCUGUUUCAUUCAGUCCUUCUCUGUGACCCUUUUUGCCUUAUGUGAGAUCUCCACAUUCACCAUCAUGGCGUACGACACCUAUUUAGCCGUGUGCCACCCAUUACACUAUCCCACCCUAAUGACCAAUAAAACUGCUCUGAAACUUAUUGUAGGAUUUCUGAUCUUCAAUAUCACCUGUUUAUUGAUUAACAGUCUGCUGUCUGCCAGGCUCCCUCUGUGUGGGUUUUACAUUAACAACUUCUUUUGUGAUAAUGUGUCCAUCUUUAUCCUGUCCUGCGUCGAUAACUCAAUCAACAAGUUAUAUUCGGCCACAGUGUUUGCAAUCUAUAUCCUGGCCUCCAUGUCAAUCAUUGCCUAUUCCUAUGUGCGGUUACUUCUCAUCUGCUUUAAGAUCUCCAAGAGCGCCAGUAAGAAAGCCAUUCACACCCUGGUGACCCACUUCUCCAACUUUUCCAUUUUCUUGGUGGGAGUUUUAUUUAUAUUUAUCCGAUACAGACUCGAGAACAUUAACCUUCCUCUGGUUUUCCACAUUCUGCUCUCUAUAACUGGCUCUACCAUUCCUCCUUUUUUUAACCCCCUCAUAUAUGGAAUAAGGACAAAAACACUGAAAAUUAAAGUGAUUUCCCACUUUCAGAAAAUAAUCGUGGAAAAAUGA